AUGGUCUACCAUCCACUUCUCUCGUGGAAGCAACGAGAGAAGUUGCCUAACCUGGUAUUAUUCUUUUCUGUGUUGAACUUUGUAGUCGUCAACCUGUCUAAAGCACGGAGUCCACUCCGACCGGCCCGGCCUAGCCUUUCUCCGCCAACUGUGACCGGCCCGGCCCAGCCUAGCCUUUCUCCGCCCUCUACGACCGACUCGGCCCAGCCCAGCCUUUCUCCGCCAACUGUGACCGGCCCGGGCCGGCCUAGCAUUUGUCCUCCCUCUACGACCGGCCCCGCUCAGCCCAGCCUUCCUCCACCCAAUGCAACCGGCUCGAUCCAGCAUAGCUUGGCCCGGUUUAUCCGGCCUCGGUCGGCUAUUGAGGCGACUGUGCCGAUGCCGCGUGCGCCGAGUCAGCCCGAGCCGGACAGCUGA